GGAGCCGGAGCGAUUCAACAUAGCGAAUCUCAUCUCUAAAAAAAAAAGAUCGUCACUUACGUAGUUGCACUCGAGCUUCAUUCACGAUUUGACUUCUAGUCGAUUGGGUCAAUCAAUCAACCAAUUAAUCAAUUGAAACGUAUAAACCAAGGAUCUGGCUAGCUAGCAUACCCUAGAGAUUUAAUCAUGGCCCCGUCACGGGCACCAGCAACACGCCUGGCAGCAACCCUCCUACGCCAAACCACCCGCCUCACAACUCCCAUCCUCCCCCGCCACCACCACCACCACCACCACUACCACUCCUACGACCACCCACCGCCCCCCAGCACCUUCAACUCCGCCGAGCGCGCCAUCCUCUCCGCCGCCUACGCGCACGUCCCCGAGCACGGCUUCACCCAGCACGCCCUAGCCCUCGGCGCCCGCGACGCCGGGUACCCGGACAUCAGCACGAACGUCGUGCCCGACGGCCCGUACGGCCUGAUCCGGUACCACCUAGUGACGAAGCGGGAGGCCCUGGCGCCGCGGGCCAAAGCUAUUUUCGGCAGCAGCGAGGGGGAGGAGGAGCGAGGGGGGGAGUUGUUGAAGGUGCCCGAGAAGGUGGAGAGAUUGACGUGGGAGCGUCUGGUGUCGAAUUCGGAAGUUAAUCAUCGGUGGCAGGAGGCCCUAGCCCUAAUGGCCCAACCCUCCCACAUCCCCUCCUCCCUCCACGAACUCGCCCUCCUCGCCGACGAGAUCUACUUCCUCUCCGGCGACACAUCAGUCGACCCGUCCUGGUACACGAAGCGCGGCACGCUCUCCGUCAUCUACGCCUCAUCCGAGCUAUUCAUGACCAACGACCGAUCCCCGGGGUACGGCGAGACGCGCGCCUUUUUACAGCGGCGCCUCGACGAGACGAGCACCGUGGGUGGUGCCCUGGGCAGCGUCGCCCAGUGGGUUGGGUUUACGGCGUCGGCGGGUGUGAAUGUGUUGAGGAGCAAGGGUGUUAGAAUAUAAGAUAAGUUGGGAUAAGCAAGUUAAAUUGAGGAAGUCUGAGUACAGCCUCUGGGAGGGUAGACGUCUGAAGGUGUACCUGAUAGAGAAAACUGGUAGGUAAUGUAUAUAAUUACUAUUGGCAACGGUUAUAGGCUGGCAACGUCUACGGAACGAGAUCAAGACU